AUGGACGAACCACGCUCAGUCCGAGUACACCGAUGUCGGUUCAUAGACUGGACACCAAGGGCAAUAACAGCAAUCGCUUUCCCUCCCCGGGCACUCCCUACUCCCAGCAAAGGAAAGCAACCCGAGAAGGAGACGGAGAUCAAACCAGGUUAUAUGGCGGUAGGACGCGCGAACGGGAAUAUAGAGCUGUAUAAUUGGGCCGGCGAAGGAGCAGCUCAAGCGUGGAUAUUACAUGCUACGCUGUAUGGCCCCGCUGGGUCGAAAGUCGACAACCUCAUUUUCACACUUCGACAUCCUGAUUCUCUAUCCUUAACCCCGUGGGAUACACCUCCUCUCUUUUCCUUAAGACUGUUCAGCACCACCUCCGGUUCUGAACUGUACGAAUGGUCCCUCUCUUCCCUAUCCAUUACACGCACCCUACCGUCGGGCGGGGGGAGUAUCUGGAGCUUGGCUGCCAAUCCCGCAAGUACGAAGCUAGCUAUGGGGUGCGAGGAUGGGGGAGUGAGAGUUGUAGACCUCAGGGAGGGGGAGUUGGCCUUGGAGAGAAGAUUCGACAGGGUCAAACCGAGGUUGUUGAGCCUUGCUUGGGGGCCACCGGUGCUCAAACCUAAGGCUGAUAAACGCACCACGAACGAGAAGGAGAGCGAUGAAGAUGACGAUGAUGAAGACGAGGAGGAGGAAGACCCGUGGGGAGAUACGUUUCUCAUCACCGGCUGCUCGGACUCCUCCCUACGAAAAUGGGACGUCCGCACAGGCCGCAUGCUCGGCCGCCUCACGCUCGACAAAACGCGGAACGAGCCCACACUCGCCUGGGCCGUCGGGGUCUUGCCAGACGGGACUGUCGUUAGUGGGGACUCGAUGGGCGCUGUCAAGUUCUGGGAUUCGGGCACCGGGACGCAGCUGCAGAGCUUGGCGAGUCAUCAGGCUGACGUGCUCGCCUUGAUCAUCGGCCCUAAUGGACGGACGGUAUAUACCACCGGAGUAGACCAGAAGAUCACCGAGCACACACUAGUUUCACUCCCCCACCAACCGGCGCGGUGGGUCCAGACCACAUCCCGCAGACUGCACGCACACGAUGUCCGUGCACUCUCCAUCUUCCCGCCCAUGCUCCCCCACCCCAAGGGGGCUGUGACGCUCACCUGCCCUGUGCUCGUCAGUGGGGGCUUGGACUUAGCACCUGUGCUCACCCCCGCUGCGCCAGUGCAGAAGACAGACGCGCAUGGGGCGGGUGCAGUUGCCAAUCUGCUCAAGACGAGCAAAGCUGCUACUUGGGCUGAGAGCUGGCAUAGACGGUUGCCGUAUACCAGGCGAGGGGAGAUGAGCGUGCUCAGGAAGAGAGGGUGGGUGGUGUGCAGGCGUGAACAAGCGGUGGGGAUCUGGUACCUCAAGACUGUAUCAGAGGGGGAGGAGGGCGGGUGGGACAAAGUGCUGGAGAUGGAGCUUGCUGGACAGGGGAAUUUGGUGUGUAUAGCAGUUGGCGAGCCUGGGGAUUCACAACCGGCGUGGUUGGCGGUGAGCGAUGGUGGAGAGGUUAAGCUCUGGCAACUCCUGGGCGAGGGACAUCCGCUCAUCAGCAAACAGAAGGAAGACAUACGCCCAAAACGCGUCAAGAGCUUCAUACCCACUGUCGUUGAGCAGCUUGCCGAUUCCGAAGGAACGCUGGGAGCGUCGGCGCUUGUGUUUACACCCUCUGCAUCGCACCUCCUUGUUGCUACUACGCCGUCUUGCCAGCCGGGGUCGACGAUCCUCUUCCUGGAUGUGGCAGACUUGAGCGUAGUCGCAAGGCUCACACCACCAAAAUCGGCAAAUGCCGAAUCAUGGAUAUCCGAAAUUGUCGUCAGUUCAGACGGGCACUAUUGCGCUUCUCUGGGCGUAGCAGGGCUGAUUAACAUCUACGAUCUCCGAACGCUCAAACACUAUGCAACCCUACCCUCCUUCCCUUCCCACCCAACAGCACUCACCUUCCUCCCCACCUCCCCAGCACUGCUUGUCAUCGUCCUCGCUAACAACACACUUCACUCCUACUCCCUCCAAUACCGGCGACUAGACGACGUGACCAAACGCUCAUGUGCUGCGCUCUCCGCCCGCCUCGGAAUGCGGCACGACCCCAUCCUCGGGCUGUCAACGCGCAGCAAGCCAGAAGGAGAAGGCGAAGUAUUCAUUUGGGGGAGCAGCUGGGUCUGCAGAGCAGAUCUGAUGGCCGACGCUUCUUCCACUGUGGACGAACCGAGUACGCACAGGAAGCGGAAACGCACUGGGAAUCCGGAUGCGUUCAACUUGGCUCUCCAGUCGGCGGAGGAGAUACCGCCCCUCCGAGUGGAGACGCGCUACAAGUAUAUUUGUCUUGUCGAUUUUGUCGGGGGGACUAAGAGUAGAGCGGAGGAUGCUAUGGAGGUGGACGAGGAUGGUCCGAUGAAGGAAGCUCAGGAAGACGAGAUGAAGGAAAUGAUGGUGGUUGUGGAGCGACCUGUGGCGGACGUGCUUACCGAAGGACCCGGCGCAUUCAACAGAAAGAAGUUCGGCACAUGA